AUGUCGCCCUACGGCUCGGUACUGCCCACUGCGGCACGCGGAAUCCUUUCAUUAUGCCGGGCUCCGCUACGGGAGACCAUCACUCCCGUUAUCUCGACCUUCCAGCAGGUCCGAGGCCUUAAGAGCAAGCCGAAGGGCAAGGGGAAAGAGCAGCCUGUCAAGAAAAGCAAAGGUCCCCAGGAGUUCAGACAGAAGAACUUGAAAGAUAUGCCGCAAUGGGCUUUGUGCGAUGCCAUGCGAUAUAUCCGGGCCAUCGAAGUCGGCCGCGAGCCCACCGUCCAAAAAUACGAACUGCACAUUCGACUGCGAACAAAGCGCGACGGGCCCGUCAUUCGUAACAUGCUCCGAUUCCCGCACGCCGUCCAGACCGAAUCCCGCAUCUGUGUCAUCUGUCCUCCCGGUUCGAAACAAGCCAAGGAGGCCCUAGCCGCCGGUGCCGUCCUCGUCGGCGAGGAUGAAGUCUUCGAGGCUGUCAAGGCUGGCAAGAUUGAGUUCGACCGCUGUCUUGCCCACCCGGACAGUUUGCCGGCACUCAACAAGGCCGCGCUCGGUCGUAUUCUCGGUCCUCGCGGUUUGAUGCCUAGUGCGAAGACUGGUACGGUCGUGGAAGAUGUCGCUGCCCGUGUGGAGAUGCUCCGUGGUGGUACCGUGUACCGUGAGCGUGAUGCCGUUAUCCGUCUGCCUGUCGGACAAUUGGGCUUUUCCCCGGAGCAAUUGCGCGACAACUUGCGCGUCACACUGGACCAGAUUAAGAAGGAUGCUUCUGCGUUGACUGACCGUGUCAACAAGGAGAUCUACGAGGUGGUUCUGAGCUCCACCAACGGCCCUGGAUUCUCACUAAACGGCGAGUUCCGCAGCGAAUCCUCCCCCGAAACCUCCGCCUUGACCGGCCUGUAA